AUGGAACCGGUCUGCCCAAUUGAUGCCCGUUGCUCCCACCAAGUCGCAAUUCUUCUCAGUCCUCCUUCCCCUGUUCAAUCUCAGAAGUAUUAUGAGGAGCUUAUAGCAAGCAGAGAAUAUAGCGGGCUUGAAGUGAGAAUUAAUGGAGAGCACGGAAAAGGAGUUUAUUCAAAUAAGGAAUUCGAUGAAGGGGACCUUGUUUUGAAGGACCCAAUGCUUUUUGGUAUUCAACAUUCAUCAAAUAAGAUGGACUGUCUAGUGUGUAGUUAUUGUUUUCAAUUUAUAGGCUCAGUGGAACUUCAGAUAGGGAGGAAACUUUACUUGAGGAAUUUAGCUAACUUAUCCCAAACGCACUCUGGAAAGCCAGAACCAUGGAAUGACCAAUGUGAAGUAUCACGUCAUCAGGAUACAUCAGAUGUUGGAGAAGAUGAUAGGGAUCAUUGUAGUUCAAGUAAUGGCAAAAGCAGCUCUAAUUAUCUACCUCAAGAUGUCAUAGAUUCAGUUAUGAAUGGUGGGUUGCAAUUGCCGUACGCAAGCGCUUUCCAAUUGCCUUCUGUUGUUUCAUGCCCUGGUGGAUGCAAGGAGUCGUAUUAUUGCAGCAAGUUAUGUGCAGAAGCUGAUUGGAGCUCUUAUCACUCUUUGCUCUGUACUGGGAAGGGAUCAGAUUCCCUGAGUACAAAGGCGCUUUCGAAGUUCAUACAGCAUGCUAAUGAAACAAAUGAUAUUUUCCUGCUUGCUGCUAAGGUAAUUGCGUUCACGAUUUUGAGAUACAGGAAGGCGAAAGCUGCUCGUUUUGAAGAGAAACUACAUAAUAAUUUUUCACAUUUGGUGGAGGCUUGGGAGCCUGUGUCUAUGGGGCACAAACAAAGAUGGUGGGAUUGCAUUUCCUUGCCAGAGGAUGUUGAUUGCCAUGAUGAGGCUGCGUUUAGACUGCAACUAAAGGAGCUGGCAUUCACGUCUUUGCAGCUCUUAAAGGCGGCGAUAUUCGAUGAGGAAUGUGAGCCAUUAUUUUCCCUAGAAAUAUAUGGUCACAUUAUUGGCAUGUUCGAGUUAAAUAAUCUGGACUUGGUUGUAGAAUCUCCAGUUGAGAACUAUUUUCUGUACAUCGAUGAGCUUCCACAUGCAGAAAGGGAAGAAGCUCAGCAAGUGACACAGCCUUUCCUGGAUGCCCUCGGUGAUGACUAUUCAAAUUGCUGUGAAGGAACUGCAUUCUUUCCGCUGCAGAGUUGUACGAAUCAUUCCUGUAAUCCUAAUGCAAAAGCUUUUAAAAGAGAGGAGGACAAAGAUGGCGAAGCAACUCUUCUUGCUCUUAAACCAAUUCUAAAGGGUCAAGAGGAUUCACAUACUUCUAGAGGGGCGGAUAUAGAGAUGGGUUUUACCCGGAGUAGUUCAGACUUGGCAAUGGAAGCUUUCAAUAAACAGUAUCAAGAGAUUGAAAAACAGGUGGACAAACUCUCUGAACUGUUAAGGAAACUCAAGGAUGUAAAUGAAGAGUCUAAGUCAGUGACAAAGGCUUCAGCCAUGAAAGCUAUCAGGAAACGAAUGGAGAAAGAUGUUGAUGAAGUUGGGAAAAUUGCACGUGGCGUGAAAGCGAAACUAGAAGCUCUAAACAAAGAUAAUUUAGCAAAUCGACAAAAGCGUGGGUGUGAGAAAGGAAGUGGUGUUGACAGAUCAAGAAAUACUAUGACAUACGCUCUGACAAAGAAGUUUAAAGACUUGAUGAAAGAUUUUCAGACUCUAAGACAACGAAUAGAUGAUGAAUAUCGUGAAGUUGUGGAGAGGAGGGUAAUCACAGUCACUGGAACCAGACCAGAUGAAGAGACAAUCAACCACCUGAUAGAAACUGGAACUGGUGAACAAAUUUUCCAGAAGGCAAUUCAAGAAAUGGGACGCGGACAGGUGCUAAAUACAUUGGAAGAAAUUCAAGAAAGACAUGAUGCUGUGAAAGAGAUAGAAAGAAAACUUCUGGACUUGCAGCAGAUUUAUAUGGACAUGGCUGUUCUAGUUGAAGCUCAAGGAGAACUAUUGGAUAACAUAGAGAAUCAGGUAAAUAUAGCAGUCGUUCAUGUCCACGAUGGGACAAAUACCCUUCAGAAUGCAAAGAAACUUCAGAAGAACUCUCGAAAAUGGAUGUGCAUUGCCAUUAUUAUUCUAUUAUUUAUAGUAGCAAUUAUAGUUGUUGGGGUGAUCCAACCUUGGAAGAACAAGGGUGCAUGA